AUGGCAAUAUACUCACCACUCAAUGGAGACUUCCAAGAGAUUCGCCUGCUGGAAUUACAAGCUGCGGAGGAGCCCGGUCUGCCACUACGUGGCAUCCUUCGGCAUGUAUGGCUUGUAUCUUCACCUAGUCAGUCGCCAUUAAAAUACGAAACAUUGUCUUAUGUUUGGGGCGAACCCGAGUUCAACAAGAGCAUAAUCGUGGCCGACCAAGCUCUCCCAAUCACGUCGAGGUUAGAGCGCAUAUUGACGAUGCUGCGGUACAAGAGCAAGUCAAGGAUCCUCUGGAUCGACAGCAUCUGUAUCGACCAGUCCAACAUGCAUGAGCGUAGUCAGCAGAUUCUACUGAUGCGCAGGGUCUACAGUCAAGGCCAGCGCAAUAUAGCUUACAUUAAUGCGGACUAUUCAUUGAGAGCUCAUAGGUCACCACAGAACAUCCAGAAAGGUAUGGAAAUUAUGAACAAGAUUUCCGCCAGGGACAAUGCGACGCUCGCAUCCUUCCGUAAAGAAAAUGAAUGGUUAUUGGAACGAGAUGAGAAUCGGGAUUUUUGGCACAAUAAAGAUUCCGAUCUGAUCGUACAAGAGAUGGCACUAUCGACCAAGGUUACAUUGAUUUGCGAGGACACUGAAGUGGACUGGGAUAUCAUAUCAUCGUUCCUGAGGGACGAGCCCUAUUUCGAUGCUUUCCACGUACAUCAGGAUGGACGAUUCUCAAAGUUUAUUAGGAAGGAUCUCUUUAAGAAGAUUUUCUCGAACGUCAAAUUCUUUCAAGAUCAGCGUAACGUAACACGACAGGCCUUGACGACGCAGUGUCAGGACGAAAGGGAAGGCUCGGACUUGCUGGAUGUUCUUGCGCGCUUCAGAGGCAUGAAAUCCACAGACCCAAGAGACAAGGUAUUCGGUCUUCUUGGCUUGGUGCUUAUGCCGCAUUAUGUGGAAAUCGAUUAUUCAAAAACCGUCGUACAGGUUUACAAACAAACCACCCUGUCCAUCAUCGAGUGUUCCGGACAUCUGGACAUAAUCUGCCAGAGCCCCUUCGAAUUAAAAUAUCCGAAUUGCCAUGGAAAGGACAUCGAUCAAAGGUCUUCCUGGGUUCCGGACUUUGGUCUUCCUCAGAGAAAGUCACUAUCGGUUCUGUUCGCUCAACGCGAUAUUUUCAACGCUGGAUUGAAAACUCUCGAUACCCCAUGCACAGUUGCUGGUGGGCAAAACGAUAUACUGGUGCUCAAAGGCGUUAUUUUAGAUCGUGUAGGCCAAGUUUUAAGGCCAUCACCGCAGGAAAUCCAGAAAUGCCCGUGGGCGAUGAAGUCAAUCUGCGGCUCAGCAAAGCACAUCCUCGCCCUCCAUUUCGGGACCAAUGGAUUCGAGGAUAUGCAAAAUCAACUGUAUCUGCCAAAGAUAGCCACCAAAUCCCCCAGGGUCGAACCGGCAGAGACGCUGAUCCGAGCUUACUGGCGAACCCUCGCCCGAGACUGCGCUGCACCGCCAAACAUGCGCCGCUUGCACAAGUCAGAGAUGGAGACACUCGAUGCUGUGAACACUGAGCUUCUUACGCGCGGCUAUUACCUUCAGACUUUACUGGGCGAUACUGAUGAGUAUUCUGGUCAAUCUGGCCUUCGAUUCGAUCCGCGAAAUCAUUCGCCAAAUAUUUCAGCAUCUUCAAAACCGCUUACAAACAUCCCCCACAGCUUGGAUGACUACUUAUUCAACGUCUCGAACAAUGGUCUGUUCAUGAUGGUUCGUCCACACGCAGAAAAGGGAGAUGUCAUUGUGACGUUGGACGGCGGAAAGGUGCCAAUGAUCCUGCGAGAACAAGGAUCGCACCUCAUUGAUGACGAUCUUGGGACUCAUUAUCGAAUUGUGGGACCGGCAUAUGUUCACGGUUUCAUGGAUGGCGAAGCGGAUGAAGCUGUCGCCGCAGGUUUACUCGAGAAGCGAAACCUACUCAUUUCUUAA